AUGUAUGUCUGCUGUUCAAGAGUUCUACAGAAAGAUCCCCCGGGUACAUGCUCUAGACAUUGCGUUCUGUCUUUGCAAGCACUUUACUAUACAUGUGAGCUCAGCUGUUAUGAAUAAUCAGUUCAACUUCCAGAAACAGAAUGAUGAUCAAUGUUUCCGCGCCCAGUCCCUGCUGCAUCCUGUGUGCGCGCAGACCCCGGCCAGCUGGUCUGGUAGAGAAGAAGACCUUCCACUUUGCCACGACCUUUCAAACUCAUGCAAGAGUUCUUCUGGGUGUGGAAGCAGACUUUUACGAUAUGAGCAGGCCUGCGCAGUAGACGCAAAAACGAAAACUUGCGCAGGGCCUUAUGAAGGUUGCAGAAACGCAAUGCUGGACAUUUUAGGGACUGAGCUUCGAACUAACUGUGGAUGUGGAGGUCCUCUGGAUUUUAGAAAACUUUUUGAUUGCAUUGGUUACCAGCGCUUACUGUGGAUGAAUCCGUGUAUAGUGGAUGCUCAGAAGGACUACCAUCUCCGGAUAGGAAACACUGAAGGACCAGGUCCCGAGGAGUCCUGGAGCCCCCAGCCUGGUCCUAUGUACACUGAACCACCCUACAGACCUGGUCCUAUGUACACUGAACCACCCUACAGACCUCCUCCUCAUCCGCCUCAAACUCCAGCACUCCCACUCGACACACCCAGACCCUUUAUCCCGUAUAUAACCACAACUUCCACACCCUACAAGGCUCCACCCACUAAAAGACCACCACAGACACGCCCCCCAGACCCGAUCGAAGUUACAGAAUUAACUGAAGUUGUAACAGAGAUUGUUACCACAACUGAGAUGGUAACACAAGUGUAUACCAGGCCACCACCCCCAACACCAUUCGGACCAACUAUACAGCCAACCUGGCCUCAACCUCCCACACUUACAACAAGAAGAGUUUUCCGUCGAACCACUCCAAGACCAUUCCAAGAACAGGAGAAUGUUGGAGAAGGAGGAGGAGGGGGAGGUGGGGGAGGUGGAGGGAGAAGACCAACAGCUAAAAUAUCUACAUCUACAACAACUACAACUACAACACUGCCCCCAAAAUACUGUAAAGUCGAGGACCUAGAAGGAAGCAAUGUUAAAUAUAUAAGAGAGGGGUUUGAGAAAAGGUUUUACACCGAGGGAAAAGAAGGAAGUAAUCUUUGCUCGUGCAAAAAAUCCAACGGUGGCUCACAGCAUUUUUGCACAUACUUACAGUCGUUCCAGAGUCUCCGCCAGGUGUCUACCUCUACCUUGGAUACAGUAGGAUAG